AUGCCAUUGUAUGAAGAAAAUAUCGCGAUGGAGAUUUGUCAGCUACUUUUGAAACGUGGAGCAUCACCGCACGGAAAUUCUAUCUAUGAAAUGCGCCCAUUGCACAUCGCUAUUCGACGACAAUGGACGCGAAUGACUCGUCUUUUGUUAGAAGCUGGUGCAAAUCCAAGUUUACCUGAGAAAGAUAUGUAUGCUUCACGACCGAUGGACAUCGCUGUUGUCAAUGAUGAUCCUGAAACAGUCGAACUACUUCAUACUUUCGGUGCAUCGUUGAAUGGUGUCAAAUCCAUGUUUUAUCUAACACCGUUAGCCGAAGCAUUUAUGCGAGGGUAUUAUGAUGUUUUUAAAGUCCUACUCGAACGUGGGGCAAAGCCGGUCUUAGAUCUACAUUGGAACACAUUUCGUUCAUUUGGCAAACAAUUGUUUGAUGUCGGAACGAAAGGACGACAACGUUUUGUCCAGUUAAUGUAUGAUCAUGGAGCAGAUAUCGAGACCGAAUUUCGACUGCGCACCAUUCGAAUUGAACCGAAUGGAAUAACCGAUUUCGAACCGCGUUAUGCAUUCUGUUGUGAUCCAAUAUACAUUGGUGAUCUCGAUUCAGCAAUAUUCAUCAAAUGGAUGUGUAACUAUUAG